AUGGACAAAUAUGAGACUGCAGAUCACGAUUAUAUGCAUGCCAAGGAUUACUUCAACAACUACAAGUUUGGAUACAUUGAAAGAACAACAAAGAUGCUUUUACUACAAAGCCUGAAGGUAGAAAAUAGAGAAGCACCAGAUCUACUGACGAUACUAAGCAAUAGCAAAGCACAGCUGAAGAGUGUAAAGUCUGUUAGUAGUGAUGCAUCUAAGUUGAUUGCAGAGCUAUCUGAAGCAACACAUGGGAUGGAGAUGAGACUGGAGGAAUGUGAAAAAACCUUACGUGAAGAACAACAGAGAGAAAUAGAUCUUGCACAGGAGUAUUCACGAAUAGAGAUCCUUGAUGAGAAUCUGAGAUCAUAUGAUGAACUUGUGGUUCAGUUUGAUAAGAAAUGCCAAGACAUUCAACAGCAUGUUGACAAGAUUGAUUCAUUAAGGAAAAAGCUUGCGCAACUGGAGACGACUGAUGCAGAAGAAAAUCUGCGAAGCAUGCGUGCAAAGAAAGAAAACCUUUCAGCACGACAAAGACGACUGUCUUUGGUAACCAUGGAGAAUUACAUGGAGGAAUCAUAUGUUUGGUAUAGCCGAGCUGUUGAGUUUGUUAAGAACAUAUUUGGAAUACAAAUAGUGACAGUUGAACAAGAAAACAAUGAAAUGUAUAUGAGGUUUAAAGCAUUAGCAUGCGACAUUGGAAUGUUUGUAAAGGAUGGCGCAAUGGUGGACUGCAAGCUUUAUAAUUCAAAUGAUGAGAUUCUUGAGAGUAUGUUUAGGAGUAUAAGCAAGGUUGCAAUGCUUGUAAAUGAGCCAAGGAUGCUUUUUAUGCUAGCAUAUGGUAAGUACAGCGCACUGAAAACAACGACAGAAUGA